UCUCUCUCUCUUUCUCUCUCUCUCUCUCUCUCUCUCUCUCUCUCUCUCUCUCUCUUAAUACCUCUUUUAUUUGAACAUGGGGACUGAAGUUUUUGGAGUAGAUGCCACACAGAAAUAACAUUUAGACCUCUUCACAGCGGUGUACAAACUGAGUUUUUCAAAGGCUUACAGACACAGGGGAGCAGCUCAUCACAGAAAUGAAGUCUCUUCAGAUACUAAGACCAGCUUGUGUGGCAUUAUGGAGACCAAACAGAUGUGUUUCCUGUCUACUUGGGCUGAUCAUCUAUCUGGGUUGUGCUGCAUCCUUCAACAUCAGCCCAAUGACAACAGGCCUGCGCUCUGCCUUUUCCGCCACACGUAGCAGCAGCAUAUUGGGUGGCACUCAACGAGCUGUGACCUUUGACCGCCUUCUAGUCAACAUCGGAGAAGAUUUCAAUCCAGAGACGGGCACUUUCCGUUGCCGCCUGCCUGGUGCGUACUACUUCUCAUUCACAGUGGGAAAGUUCCCGAAAAAGAUGCUGUCGGUCAUGCUGGUGAAGAACGGGAUGGAGGUGCAGGCCAUGGCAUAUGAUGGAUACCAGAACCAGGGCCGCAAGGUUCAAAGCCAGAGCGUGAUGAUCAGUCUAAAACCUAUGGAUACAGUCUACCUGCUGCUUCAGGAGAAUCCCCACUAUGCCAUCUACAGCAAUGUCGGACCAUACAUCACAUUUAGUGGUUAUCUCAUCUACCCAGACUCUACAUCUUCUGUUGGAUAUCUCAAUAACCACCUAUCUCCUCCAGGUCUUCAUCUUCCGGGUUGUCCUCCCCCUGUAGAUGCCUAUUAUGAUUGGAGAAGAAGAACAACCAUUGAGGAACCACGUUCUGCAUUUUCAGUGGCAAGAACUAGAUCAACGCUGGGAGAAAGCAGAGGGCAUCGUGAAAGAGAGGCUCUCACGUUUGAUGUAGAGUAUGUGAACAUUGGUGGCCAUUUUAACAAAACAUCCGGAUAUUUUACCUGCCACUUCCCCGGUGCAUACUACUUUGCAUUUACCGUGGGAAAGCACCCUCGUCGUGCGGUUUCAGUGAAGCUGAUGACGGGCAAAGGGGAGGUGCGGGCCAUGGUGUUCGACGAGGACAUGUCGCGGCGGAGAGAGAUGCAGAGUCAGAGUUUGCUGCUGUCACUGAAAAGAGGAGACACUGUCUGGCUGUACAGUCAGCAGGAUGACGGUUAUGCCGUUUACAGCAACCAGGGAAGAUAUACGACCUUCUCUGGUUUCCUGGUCUACCCUGACGGCGAAUCCAUGAACAUGGACAGAACAUUCCCUUGAGAACCAAAGCCAGCAACCUGCUACGCCUAGCCGUAAUGUUAUUGCCUAACACACACACACACACACACACAUAUAUAUGUGUAAAUGAUCUACUGAUCUGUUAAGCAUUAGACUAUAUAUCCCUUUUGUUAACUUAUUAGUGAAUGUUACUAUAAAUGUACUAUUUCUUGUAAGCUAUAAUUGUUUAGAAUGUUAUGUUAGUGUAACAGUCUCACAUGGUUAGAAAGUAAAAUGUACGCAGGCACAGUUGAUGCUGAUUUUAUUGUUCCAUUGUAAUUACUAUUGUUAACAUGUAGCCUAGUACUUUAACAAAUAUUAAAAAUGUCCGAUAUC